AUGAAGCGAUUGUCGCAUUUAUCUAUUCUUUCGGUGAGGGGUAGCUUGCAAUGCUCAAGGCGUUACAAUCUUUUGGAGCAUAAAACAAAGGGCUCGAUGUUUAUGAAGCAUUUGGAUCUGUACGCCCGGCGUGAUCCGCAGUUGGCACCGUACUUACUUAGGGAAGUAGAUAUUGAGUAUAAAAGAAAAUGCCGCAAGGUUUCUUUUUGCAUUUGGAUGUGCAUAUUUACUGUAGUUACGGCUUUUCAAAUACGUAUGCAGGGUGAUCAGUUGCACUACUUGCGUCUGUAUGCAGAUUGUGUUCGGGCUGAACAGGAUGCAAAGGACGAGGAUGAAAUUCGACGAAGGAAGACGUUCGUAGCUGUCGCGAACCUUGUCCGAGACGCGUUUGAUCGGGAUCAGAAGUGGCAUAAGAGUGAUCAAGAAAAGGCUCUGAAGGUGCUAUAA